GGACCUCACGAGCUUCCUGACGUGGCGGGUCGCUAAAGGUCCGUCCGCUCCUCCGUGGGGUGCUGUGAUUGGGCAGAGCACCUGUUUCGGAAAGUUUUUCGAAAUACUGUAAAUACACAGGUGGCGGCGGCAUGGGUUGCCGUUUAUGUAAAUAAAACAGAAGUGAAACCUCGUCACUCUGCUCAGGUUUCCCAGACGCAAACUGUCCGCAGCACAAUGUUGAGCAGAUAGAAAGGAAAGUUUGGACGUCAGAAAGAGUAAAUCUUUUUCCUUAUGGAGGCUAAAAAACCCCACCCCAAAACAACAACAAAAAAACAGCCUUCAUAGACUUUGGCUUCAGUAGUUCCGCACUCCCCGCAUGCACCUGACGCGCCGGUCCGCCUUCAGGUGCCAGCUGCGCAGCCAUGCCUCAGCUCAGCCCCGCCGCCGCGUUGCAGAUCGCACUCCUGCUCUCCGCCGUGCCCGCGCAGUACUUCAUCUCCCGGUGGUGCGGCUCCACGGCGGCGCAGCGCUACCACGCAACCACGCGGUUGCUCCGCAUAUGGAAACAGUGGAGAACGUCAUACCUUAACGCUACUGCAUGGAGUGACUGGACAAACCAGCAGUUGUCCAAAGUUAAGUCUCUGGUUGGGUUGGGACAAGAAGAGGAACAAGUGUCUCCACCAAUAGAAACAAUGAUAUUUGAUAAUGAUCAUGGAUUCUUUGGAGCCUCCAAGGCAGUGCGCAGCCCUCGCCCCCCGUUUGUGUUCCUGCGGGUCGGAGAGGUGGUGAUGGAGAGGAAGGGCCACAUGAUCGGAGUGGUGGUGAGCUGGGACGAAGAACUGCGAGCUCCUCAGGAGUGGGUGGACAGGAUGUAUUCAAACUCUGAGGACACAAAGGCGGAGAAAACGCCACAUUACAAGGUGCUGUUUGGCGGGCCAGGACCCUCUUCUCUGAUGGUUGCAUACUUGCCUCAAACACAGCUGGAGCGCAUCACAGGGAUGAGGCCGGACAUUCCCACCCUGGAGAACUACUUCACGCAUUUUGACGGGACGCGCUUCGUCAUGCAGGACUGGCUCAGGGAGCUGUUCCCAGAGGACGAGACCGAGGACGACUGACUGGGACGGUUUUCACGAUUGCGCUCCUGAGCUUGGUCUCAGUUUGUCGUGACGUUUCUUCGAAGACAGGUAUUGAACUUAAACACCAACGUGUGUGUAAAUCAGAGACACACAC